GUUGCUGACAUGAUGCCCCAACCCUUGGAGCAGGACCUGAAUGCCCUACUGGCUCACAAGGAGGAGGAGUGGCGAGCGCUGCAGGCCCAGCGCACCCAGAUGCAGGAGGCGACCCUGCAGGACACACAGCGCCGACUGGAGGAGGCUCAGGGGAAGCUGCGGCGCCUGCGGGAGGACUUCAUCUACAACCUGCAGGUGCUGGAAGAGCGGGACCGGGAGCUGGAGCUCUAUGACGCCGCGUUCGCCCAGGCCCGAGGGCUGGAGGAGGCCAGGCAGGCCGAGGUGAGCGAGCUCAAGAUCGAAGUGGCCAAGCUGAAGCAAGCGCUGGCCAGCGAGACCCGACGGCUGGAGGACCUGCAGCGGCAGUACCAGCAGAGGCUGCAGGAACACCGCCUGGAGCUGGAGCGGGUCCACAGUGACAGGAACAAUGAGCUGGAUCAGCAGCGGGAGCAGUAUGGGAACCUGAAGUGGAAGCUGGAGAGGAGACUCAAGGAGCUGGACGGCGAACUUGGCCUGCAGCGGCAGGAGCUGCUCCAGGAGUUUGAGUCUGAAAUGCAGAAGCGGGAGCAUGAGUUCCGCCUGCGGGCUGACAACAUGAGCAGUGUUGUCCUGGCACACGAACUCAAGAUUAAACUGCUGAACAAAGAGCUUGCGGCCCUGAGAGAGGCUGGGGCGAAGGCUGCCGAGUCCCUGCAGGGCGCCGAGGUGGCGAAUGCGGAGCUGGAAGACAGGCUGCAGCGAAGAGACUGGGAGCUCCGAGACCUGGUGGCCGUGAAGGAUGCCCGGAUAAAAGACUUAGAGGGUAAACUUCACUCUAUGCAGCUCACCAGGAAAAAAGAAGAGGAGACAUUUCGGAGGAAGCAUGAGGAGCUGGACCAUCUCGCCAGGGAAAGGGACGCUGUGCUGAUGGCAGCAAAGAGCGCCCACAUGGAGCAGCUACAGGCAGCAGACGCCAGGGCCCUGGAGCUGCAGGCACGAUGUGAGAACCUCGAAGUACAGCUCCGCAGGGCCGAGUGGAAGCAGGUGGAUGCCACCAAGGAGAAGGACGCCACCAUUGACAAACUUCGGGAAGAUGCAUCAGCUCUAAAAUCUGGCUGGGAUGCCCAGAUUGCUCAGCUAUCCAAGGAGAUGAUCUCCAAAGAUCUUCAGGUUCAGUCACUGCAGGAGGAGGAGAUGAAGCUGAAGGCACAGCUGGCAAGAUGCCAGCAGGAUAUUGGAAGGUACAAACAGCAGCUGUCUCUAGCGGUAGAGAGGGAGCAGAGCCUGGAGCGUGACAAGGUGCAGCUAGAGCUGGACUGGCAGCGCCGCUGUGAGGGUGUUGAGCGGGAGCAGUACCAGCAGGCCGAGGACUUGAUUCAGGGUCUGACAGCGGCCAGAGAUCAGGUUGCUGCCAAGCUCCAGGAGACGGAGCGGCGGCUAUGUGACCGAGAAGUGGUGCUGAAGGCCGUGACCCGAGAGAGAGACCAGGCCCUGCAGGCUCUGCGGACACAUGGGCUGCUCCCUGAGGAGGAGGCACAGAGGCCUCUAAGGCAUCAAGGAGAAGAAAUCAAUAAAAGCUUUCUGUCUAGUGAGAUCCAGCGGCUAAAAGAGCAGAACACAAGUUUGCGAAAUGUUAUUGCACAAAUGAGGAAAGAAAUGGAAGCUCUAAGUGAUCAAAUUCUUCCUUCUGCCCAGUUAGGAGGGGAGACCUCACACACAAACCAGCCUGACCCAAAGGCAGCAGCUGAUUCUGCGGUUCCUGGUUACGUUCUGGCCCUUGAAGCAGAAAUGCAAAAUCUAAAACAUAAAUUUAAAACACUGGAGGAACAACUAGAUGUGUUAGAUCCUUCGAAGACGUCCUUGUCCUGUGCUUGUGCUCAACCCAGUGUCCUGGUCUCCACGGAUACCACCGGAGGAACUGUGCCAGUUGAUAGAGCAUCCAUGGGACUGGCACUCAGGAGGCUUGGAGACAGAUCACAUCUCCUGAGCUUCCUGGUGGCACGACUGAGACAGAAGGUGCUGCAGGAACCCCUGGACGUGGACACCAUCCAGCGAGAGCUUCCCCACGAGCUGGACCAGGUGCACCUGGAGGCUCUGCAGCUGCAGAAGCAGGUGGCCGAGCUGGAGAAGCAUCUCGGGUCAGCUUGGAAGGAAAGUGGGGGCGCUGCCGGCAGGCAGCAGCCAAAGGCCUCAGAUACUGCAGCUGUUGGAGGAGAGGUUCCUGCAGACGGGGGACCUGCGGGGACAGAGGACCAUGGGACACAGCCCCUGCAGGUCCUGUCUGUGCCCCGACUCCAGAGGAAGCUAAAGGAGGCUGCCAGGAAGAUCCUGCGGCUGCGCCUGGAGAAGGAGCAGCUCCUGGAGCUGGGGAACCGGCUGCGAGCGGAGCUGGGUCACCUCACCGGGAAGCCACCUCAUCACCCCUUCCACACCCCUGAGGCACAGGGCUCAGGUGAGGCUCCUGAUGUAUGCCUGGGACAGUGGCAACCCUGCCUCACAACUCAGGACCCUAGGAAAGCCAAGAAAGAAUGUUUCUCCGAAUGCUCCGGAAAGAGCCAAGCCCACCUGGCACAGACAGUCCACAGAAAGGAUGCUCGACCAGGCUGCACGGCAGGACCAGGACUGAGACAACACAGGAGCUCCACAGUGACUUGCAGAUUAGCUCCUCAGAAAGAAAAUCGGUCCCCAAAGCCACGCUUGGCUCAAGAAUUCCAGGAGGAAACUGGCCACCACACCCGAAAGUCCUCAUCACUUGCCAGCAGUUCCCUCCAGGACACAUGGAAGUUGCUAGACCUGGGAUCCAGCCCUUCUGGCCUCACUUCCCAGGAUGACUCACCUCCAGAGCACUCAGCACCGACAGCCUGUAGCCUCCAGCACCCGGAGGGAAGCCCCAUUGCGACGUGGGCAGCCUUUGGCGUUGAAGGGAUGAAGAUGGAAGCCCAGACAAGGGGCAAGCCUGCUAAACAUCCCAGGGCUCAUCCUCCAAAACAUAAAGGCUGCCAGCAGCCCCCCAAGAUUCGGAACUACAACUCCAAGGACUGACCUCCUCGCUGCCCCACCCCAUGCCUCCCCCUCCCCCUUCUGAUCCCCUCCUUCCUCCUCCUUCCCUCCCCUUCCCUCUCUUCCCCUUUCCCUUCCUGCUCCCUUCCAAUCCAUCUGUCAGUCUUCUUCCCCUCCUCCUCCUUGGUGCUUUUGUCUCCACGUCAGGGCUGCGCACGCGUGUGUGUGUGUGUGUGUGUGUGUGUGUGUGUGUGUGUGUGUCUGUGUACAGUGGGGGUGGUGAACUGCUAAGGCACCUCACAGACUGACCACCGAAUCCCAAAUUCUUCUUUGAACUUGGGAAGGACAGUAAAAGAUUUCCAGGGCUUUGCAUAUGUGGCUCUCAAGGCCCGGUUUCUUGUGUUUCAAAGGUUCGACCAUGAGUGCUUUUGGUACCAUCACACACACCACUCCAUUUAUAUCUGAGUUUAAAAUAGAAAGCCAGUUACAAUCCUCAACUACGAUAUCACACACGAGUGAGCAGGAGAUCUCAUAGCUUAAAAUUUUGUUCAACUUUCCAUGGACCCUGCUACCAACAUGCUGGUUUCAGGAUUCACUCUGCGACCAGGGCUGAGCCUUCUUUGGUUCACGUGGGGACUGAGGGAACCCUGUAGGUGGGCAGAAAAGCCCAGCCAUCCACAGAAGGGGGGCCAACUCAAGGCUUGGGAUGUAGGUCGGGUGUUCAGAGCUCCACCGGCACCCUCGGCAGAGCUGCGUUCUCACCUCCAGCCCAGAGGCUGCAGGUUGACCGUCCUGGCCUUUUGCUCUCAGCCCAGCUUCACCACCUCUGUGUCAGGCCAGGGCCCCUGUUUAGGGCCCGAGCAUGAGGUGGAUGUGUGUCCCGGAAGCUUUGCUAAGAGCCGUGCCUGGCACCACGGCAGCACUUGGCACAUGCCAUGCUUGUGUUCACAUGGUCAGUUGUUCUGGGGCCCAGGCCCCUGGAGAGGCUUCCUGGCCUCCUUGUCAGCCUCAGGCCCCCUACUUGAGCUGAAAUCAGACAGGGGGCAGCAGAGAAGCUGUGGGCAGCUACUGGGCACACAGGAGGUCUGCACAAAGCUCACUCCCAGCCUUGAGUGCUGUGUGCCUGCCCUGCAGGGCAUGUCUGUCCUGGACAGGGAGUGAGGGCAUUGGGAGGGGGUUCCAAAGUAGCCCUCAGGGUCAUCGCCUGAGGCCUGGAACAAGACCUGCAG